AUGGCGAGCCUGCAAGAACCACCGCCAUCCACAUCUCCCAUCACGCUGCGGACACCCUCCAAAUAUGCCUCGGCCACCACCCCUCCCGAUGCCUCCACCCUGGAGCCAACGCUCGACUUCCUCCACCGGACAUGGUCGGUGACGCACUCAACCCUGGCCAUGUGGCGCGACGCCCGUAACGUCCGCAUCACCUAUCGCCCGCUCCCGCCGACAUCGGACGGCAAGACGCGCAUCGACGACAUGGUCGAGUACGAGGCCCGUGGCGGUCAAGGGGGCGUCAAAUCGGUCGCUGGCGUCGACACGGCAUCUUCUUCCUCAUCCCUCACGGCCUGGGAUUGGCGCGGCAAGGGCUGGCUGUUCUUUGUCACCAGUCACUGGGAGGUGUUGGGGUGGGGCGAGCGGCCCGUGGCGGCGACGGGCGGCGGCGACGGCCAGAACAACACGACGGAGCGCUGGGCCGUGACGUGGUUCGCGCCCACGCUCUUCACCAAGGAGGGCAUCGACAUCUACUGCGACCGCAAGGAGGGCCUGAGUAAAGAGACAGAAGACCUGAUCAUGGCUGCGCUGAGGGGCAUCGGUGCCGAGAAACUGGUCGCCAUGGUCGACAAGGAUAUGCGGCCGGUCGAGAUUCAACUGCCGUGGAAGCUCUAG